UUAAAAAAAUAUCCUCGUACUAAUACUUUAUGGUAUAUUCUAUCAACAGAAUUAUAUAUAUUUCUUCAAUCCAUCGACUGAGAAAAAAAAAGACAUCGUCCCCGUCUCCAGUAAACCGUCGUGCUACCACCGCGCACGGCGGCAGAGAGGCACCGAGACUCGCGGUUGCCCACACAAAUCCGGCCGUUAUAGAUGUUCGGGCCGGAAAUGUGACGACCGCGAGCAGCGCUCGUGAGAAGCAACACAAGUUAACGAAGCUGUUGCUGAGUGUGAAUAUUCAGAACAGUUUGGGACCGGUGCAUGUGGUGAUAUCGCCGGAGAAGGAGAUUUACGUGAAGGAGAAGCGGCGGCCAUUGUUGAUUACUAGUGAUCCUCGGUGUUACGAGCUUCACUACUCCCAGUUUAGUUUGGAGAGUUUGAAGACAGGAGAAAGUGGUGAAUUUGGGAUCUCGAACUUUCUUUCUUUGUCCAAAACCAAGCACUGCUGUCAAAGCAAAGGCAACACCAAGAUCUCCACUUCGGUUAACAAAGCUCAUGGAUUGAUUUCGUUCUAUAACUUUUUCAUGUUCUAGUAUAGUUUUUUUUUUUGUUUUUUUCAUUUGAAUGUGUCACCUUUUCUAUUAUUAUAUUGUCGAAAUUGAAUGUGCUAAAAUAUCUUGGGCGGAGAUAAAUUAAA